AUGCAAUGCUUAGCCUGUGUUAAAUUACAGAUCUGCAAGCAAUUACCCCUCGGUUCCCUUCCACCGCUCUCCCCUGUCUCUUUGGUAUUCCGUUUCCUUUUUCUUUCUUCCUUCCCCUUGGCUCCAGCUCUGGGAAGGGGCAGCGAGGGCUGGAGGGGGCUGAAUGUAUUGGAUCCGCUGAGAGACAGCAACCAGACACCCACAACCGGGGGUGGGAGGGGGACCCUUGCCUGCCCGGCACGGAAGGAUGUGCUUGGAGAGGUCUACGUCCAUGCGAGUGAAGCCACAGCUCGGAGCUGGGGGCCGAGUUCUCAGAUACCACAUCUCCAAGAACCAAGUUUCAGAGCACUAAAGACUAAUGAAAACCAGCUGAGAACACCUCCAGUACCUGCAGCCACGGAGUUCCUUGUUUGGUAUCUGAAGAAUGUGAAUCUUCCUGUGAUUCCUGACCAAAGUUGCAUGAUAUUAGCAAUUCUUUUCUUCAACCGGCAGCUGGAAAUGUGGAUUUGUCAUACUUCUAAUAUUGAAUCAGCUCAAGCCUUGCUUCAUGCCCAGGAAAGAACAGCUGUCCAGCUCCACUGGGGGAAGAUGCUUUCUGAUCAUGAAUAAAGCCUAACUGAACCCAAAACACUUCAUCCCUGUUGCUUUGCAUGAUGGAAGAACUUGCCAACCUAACGAUGAUGCACAUAUCAUCCAUUUGAGUAUGCUUUAUUGUGUAACUGAAAAUGCUGAUUUGUGUUUUACUAACAUGAAAAAAUGGGAGAUUUUUUUCAAAGUAUUUUUAAGCGCUUACUAUGGUCACCUUGAAAGUAGACUCUUAGCGUGGCAGCUAAUGCAUGUUUGACAAUAAGUUGGGUGUGUGUAAUACAUAUAUGUAGUUGGAUUAAAAUGAUAUCCAUAUGUAA